AUGGAUGAAGAAGAACCUAUAAUCACUGGAAGAGAGUCUGUAGUUCCCGAGAUUACUUCAGCAUCCCCUGUCACCGAACCUACUACCGUACCCCCUGCCACCGACCCUACUACCGUACCCCCUGCCACCGACCCCACCACACCGAAAAGUUGUUUAAUGAAAGAAUACCCUUCCACUGGUGUAAAUUUCGAUGUUGUUCACCCGCAAAUAUUCAACAUCACUUUAGCAGAAUGUGAAGAUAUGUGUGAAAAGGACUCAUCCUGUAUCGAAGUGGAAUUCUACGGCUUUAUUCCAGUAAGGUGCAGACUUAACAUGGGUCGUACCCGUCUAGCUGGACAGAACGAGGCCACGUGUUUAUCUUCCUGUAAAAGUUUACCCGAAUGCUUUGCAAUAAGUACACGUGAGAUGAAAUGUCAACACUUCAAUCGUCAUUUGACCUCAUCUGAGUUAAUACCCGACGAAACACAUUUGUCUAAGGUUUUUAUGAAAAUGUGCCUACCUUAA